AUGAUUGGCAAAGCCAAGAUCAAGGCAAGAGAUUUGCGGGGUAAAAAGAAGGAGGAACUGCUCAAGCAGCUAGAUGACCUGAAAAAUGAGCUGUCACAGCUACGUGUGGCCAAAGUAACUGGGGGAGCUGCCUCUAAGCUGUCGAAGAUCCGUGUUGUUCGCAAAUCUAUCGCCAGAGUCUUGACAGUAAUCAACCAGACUCAGAAGGAGAAUUUGAGGAAAUUCUACAAGGGGAAGAAAUACAAGCCUUUGGAUCUGAGACCCAAGAAGACCAGAGCGCUUCGUCGCCGCCUCAACAAACAUGAAGAGAGUCUGCGCACAAGGAAACAGCAGAAGAAAGAUCUCCUCUACUCGAUCCGCAAAUUUGCUGUCAAAGCUUAG